AUGUCGCGAGAUGUCCCCACCGCCACACCUCUGAAAGACAAAAGAAUCCUACUCAUCACGAUAGUACUCACUCUAGGCAAUCUUGCUAUUUGUAUUCACCGUUCUUCUCGCAUUUAUCUGUACCAACAAUCGCAAUGCCUUCAGCACUAUCUAGCAGCCGAUCCACAGAAGGUCAGUGCCGAGGCAGAGGUAGAGGAGGAAGCUUGCAAGAUCAAGGAAGUUCAAUCACCUCUCUCAAUCAUUGAAGGGGUAGAUGCGUUCCUCAGUCUACUGCCUGUCAUUGCAGCAAUUCUACCGCCCGAUCAACUCUCCUUGUAUGUUCUCGCCAGCGUCACAGGCUCGGCAGUUGGAGCAUUACUGCUAUCGCACCACGUCUACAUACUGAACUUGCUCGGCAUCCUGUGCGCCAUCUUGGCCAUAGUUUUUGCGGUUCUAUUGCCAGAAUCUCUUGGACGAGAAACCUUCUCAGAUAAAUCCACAGAUACUUCCACUACCGACAUCGCCCUGAGCGACAGGCCGGGAUCGAGAAGGUCGUCUUCUGCCCUAUUAGACAAACCACAAGGACUGGAGAGCAUUCCUCGCAUCCUCCUAACUUCCUGGAAGUCGUCCUUGUAUUCGGUACUCACCCUAUUCCGGGUAGCUGACCCCACUUUCACCGUCAUCCUCCUCUUUUUCGUUCAAGGUAUCGCCGGACGGGUCGAGGUAAUCGGCGCUCAAUACAUCUCCCUAACUCUGAACUGGACGCUGGCCACUGUCAACUCCCUGCUGACCAUUAAAGCCCUCGUCUCUGCUCUCGUCUUGCUCGCUCUCCCGACAAUUCGCAAAGUCUAUUUAGAACCACGCAUGGAACCCCAACAAAUUGACUUAUUCAUCAUAAAGGCUUCUCUCAUCCCAAAUGCCAUAGGCAUGAUCGGUCUUGGCUUUUCUCUGCCAACGACAUUAUUCAUCACGUUCCUCAUGGUCUAUACUAGCGGCGUUGGACUCUAUGCUUCGUUGACCACUUUUGGCAAAAUGACAUUGCCAGCAGGGGAAGCCCCUUCGGAUUUCUUUGUUAAGAGUGGGCUUGUGCAAGUGAUGGCUGGUUUGGUCAGCUCCCCCACCUGGUCUUUCAUCUUCAGCCUGUGCUUGAAGAAUGACUGGUUGCCCCUCGGCCUCUCCUUCUGGAUCAGUGCUGGCUUGUUCGUGGUGGCAAUCGCUCUUACAAGAAGACUUAGCACAUGGUCAAAAUACGUUGCUCUACCUCAGGGCAGCUAG